AAUUCUCUCCCCAAAAAAUGAGUGUACAACUCUCUUCAAAUCCGCCUGUUAAUGGCAAUGAACCACCACUCCAUGCUGCCGGGAACUCUCCCGCCUGCAGCCAUCCUCCACCACCACCACCAGCUCGUCAAAACAACAGGGGUCCGGGUCGUCUGAAGGCAUUGGGUUUCUUGAUGUUCUUGGUUCUCGUUUUAGUGGGCUCUGGCGCCAUAACUUACUGGGUUCUUGAUCAUUUUGACGCUCGGGAACCACAGAUCUUAAUCAAUUCCCUCUCCAUUUCUUCAUUCCAUCUGAAUCGUUCCAUCUCUCAACUCACAGCCAAUUGGACCGUGGAACUUCUUGUCAAGAACGUCGACGGCCGCCAUCAUAUUCAGUACGACAGCUUUAACGUUUCGGUGUUCUACGGCAGAGGAUUCAAGAACAGAUUCUUUCUGGCCAAGGCAGGAAACAUUGCAUCAUUUCGUCAAAAUCCCAGAACCCAAACGAAAUUAGUCGCUGAAGCACGCGGGGAAAAGCAGAGUCUCGAUUCCAGAGUUGCAAGUUUGAUAGCUCAAGAUCAGGAGAGAAAUGGGUCCAUAAAUUUUGAUCUACAGGUAGAAGUUCAUGUCACUAGUAGCCAAUUCGACGGCGAUAUGAUCUUUACUUGCAGUCAUUUGAAGGUCGUUCCAUUUCCUUCUUCCACUGUUCAGCCAGGAACCUGUUAGCAAAAGAACCCUUUGGGUUAUAGGGAAGAGAUCUUUUAAGUGAUAGGUUUAGGAAGUGAAAAUGGAAGAGAAGGAAAUUUUGGGAGAAAGGGAGCUUUACUACUUUGUAGUAAAAGGAAACAAGGUGGAGUGUGUUAAGCUUUUAGUUUAAGGUUUCUCACAACUCUCUACACA